UCGUAACCACAGCAACAGGGGCGGGCCCGGCGAGGCCACACCGCCAACUCGCGCGGAGCUGGGCAACCUUUCAGCUCUUGGGGCACUUGACGGAGCUGGUGAACUUUUAAACUUUUAUCCCUUCCCGAAGACAAAUUUCGGAACGCCUCGCUCCGGGAAGGUGCAGAGCGGGCAGCGGCGGUAGCUCACGGGCUGAGGUGCGGUGUUCUGCAGCCGGAGGUGCGGAAAAUUUGACCUGAAUCUAUGAACCAAUGAAGAAAAAUGAAAGGACAGAACAUACCAGCUGUCACGAUUUGUGUAUUUCACAUCAGUGCUACACUUUGGGGUUUUACAGAACAGGAAGAAGUAACAGGACUGUUUUCCAAGGAUUGCAUCCUCCCUUGUCGUUUCCCACCUGGGCAUGAUGAAGUAAUUCACUGGAGAAAAGAGAACAAAAAUGUUCACAGUUACUACCAGCAGAAGGAUCAGCUGGGACAACAAGAUCCACAUUACAGACUCAGAACUCACCUUUUUCAUGAGAACAUCCCUAGUGGAAAUGCCUCCUUGAAACUUAGUAACCUGACCAUGACUGACGAGGGCUCUUACACCUGCUAUGUGGGAACAGCGCAACAUCAAACAGAAGUGGAAGUGCAGCUACGAGUUAAAGCUCCUUCUUCUUAUGCACUGGAAUACCAAAAGACAAACACAGAAAGGAGACUGAAGUGCUAUGCUUUUCUCACUUAUCCAGCACCAACUAUAUCUUGGAUACAGGGUAGUAUAUCCAUCCAGGAGACAGAUCGGGAGGAAACUAGGAAUGGAGUUCUCUAUUCUCUUAGAAGUGACAAGGACAUUAUAAAUGUGACAGAUACUUACCAAUGUCAUAUUCAUUUGGAUCAUGAAGUGUGGGCUGCUGAAUGGAAGAUGCAAGAGCACCUGCCCAAGGUGGAAGGAGAGAGCACCGUAAUUCCUUGUGAACACGGCCUUGACACUGCAAGCACUGACGGUUUCAGUGUUGUCUGGACAUUGCACAGAAAUGCAGUGGCCUCAGUCCUGGCCUCCUUUAAUGGCACAUCUCACUCUCACCAGCCUCGAGUCCAGCUUAACGAAAGUGACUUUUCGCUGAGGCUGGAUCAUCUUACUGCAGGCGACAGUGGAGAAUAUCUGUGUAAUAUUUCAACACCUCUCUACACAAAACUUGCUGUGACAACUUUGCGUGUUGAAAAUUCAGGUAACACAGGAAAAAUUGUGCCAGGAGUGCUUUGUGCUGUGGUGGCAGUAGCAGUGACAAUAGCAGUGGUAUUUUGCUAUCUCAAGAAGAAAAAGAAGAGCGGAAUCAUAUAGACACCUUGACAUACAGGAAGAAAAUUCUGCACACAGAUACUGCUGAGACUGGUGAUGAAAAGAACAAAGAGUUCCUCCACCUUCCCCUUUGAGUUACUGUAAGAGCCACAUGGAAAUGUGAUUUUCUGAGCAACAAUAGCAGACAAAUGGGGAGGAAAAAAGUCAAUGGACACUUUGUGAAAAGUCAUGGAGCAGGGCAUCUCACCCCCCACAUGAGCUUAUCUGUUGCUUUUUAACUGGUGAGUUAGCUCAAACCAGACAGAGCUGUCUUGUAGUGAGUUAUUUUGGCACCAUGGGAUUACCACCUGGAAAGAAAAACUGGAAUUCUGACUGACAGGCACUUGCCUUUACAAACUAUAUAAUUUAUAUCAAAAUAUAUAAUUUAUAUCAAACAUCCUCAUUUUCCUAGAAACGUGGAGUUUUUCCUCAGAGCAGGGACACCUGCUUUCCUCUGGAAGCUGAGUAUUUCUUUUGCUAGUUUUAAUAUAGGUAGCUUGAUAUCAUGUACUGUUUUAUGUAAUCUACUGGUAGUUCUUUUGUUUUAUACUGUGUCAGAAUUAACUCAGGUUAAGACCUUUUAUGUGUUACCUCCUAUCUUUUCAAUAAAUAACUCAUUUUAUAAAUAGACCUGAUCUGCCAUUCUUAGAAGCUGUGGGCUAGAAUGAUUUCUUAAAUUUAAGCUGUUGCCAAAAAUCUGAGGCUAAGGCAGGGCUUCUGUGAAGCUCCCACUUGUUCUGUGACAGGUCAGCAUGCAAAAUUGGAUGUCCUAAAGGGACAAAGAAGUUUCCAGAGAAGAAAUCCCUAAAUUUUGAGUUUUGGUUGGAUUUUUUCUGGGGUGAGGGAAAGAGAGCUUACUGGUUUUUAUUUCAUUUAGUAUUUAAUUUUAAAGUAAAGACCAUGUUUGCUGUCGACAGUGGCAAGUCCGAGCCCAGCAGAGCGUGCUGGGCUGGCAGCGCUGGGGAGAGCAGAGAAGUGUCCGAGUGGGAGCAGCUGUGGGGAACAGAACAGUGGCAGACUGAGGUGUGAGAAGCUGAAUGCUGCCAAACACAGCCUAGCACAGUGGUCUGGAAAAUGAACCGUGUGACAUGGACGAUCCAGCUUCUGGGUGUUUAUCCGUCAUUGUUCUCCAUUGUCUUGGGCUCAGGGAUAGGAAAUGUGGGAGCCUCCCCCACCUGCUUUUGUCCUGGGGGCCACAUGUUGUGUGGGAAUGGUUGCCACCUUGUCCUAGUCUGGAAAAACACGUGGAGCUGGCAGCACUGGACCGGCUGCCAUCUUGUCCUUGUCCCAGGGGACCACAUGGGCAUGACCUAUGGGAAGUGUCUGCCAUCUUGUCUUUGUCCCAGUAGCCAUAUGGAACUAAGUUGAGGUGGUGAACACCUUUGUAUGGGUAAAGCAUCUCUUCUUGUAUACUUUUGUUACUAACAUUGUUGCUCUUUACUUUCAGUAAAUUAUCUCAACCCACA